CGGUUUUCCUCUUCUCUUUCUUUUUUUUUUCUUCUCCUCUUACAACUUUUUCUUCCUCUCAACGGCCAGUUGUACUCAGCGGCCCAUCUUAUCCUUAUCAAUUGUUUUAUUGACUUGUCAUCGAAUUCGUUGUAAGUUGUGGUGUCCUUCUGUUUGGUGCCAGUGUCUCGUGCUAGCACAACUGGUCCGCCAUCACACCGCGACUGUUUGUCAAGAUGAAGCUUUCCCCUUCGCUCUCAGAUGACCUUGCUCGCUGGGCAGAGCUCCAGCCCGUCUUUUUCACCGGCUCAGCUGCUACCCAUGGGCGUCGCGUCAAUGUUUCUCCCAAAGGACAAGAUGCGCACUUUUCUGUUCUUGGCCCCAACCAAUGCGCCUACAUUGAUCGCACUGGGUCUGGGUGUGAAACAAUUUCUCAUGCUUACGAAAACGGACGCCUCUGUCUCAUGUUUAUGAGCUUUGGUCCUUCCCCGCGAAUCCUACGACUCUUCUGUCGUGUUACGGUCGUGGAGUGGGAUCAGCCAGCCUUUGCUGCUCUGAUACGCAAAAUUGCCAAAGGUAAGCGAGAGAUUUUUGAUGGAGCUCGCGCCGUCAUUCUCUGUGAUAUUUGGCAAACUCAGACUAGCUGUGGAUUUGGUGUACCACGUGUGAAGAAGGGGCUUUAUAGCCCUGAUGGAGAUGUUGAAGAUGGCACUGGCCUCGCCAGAGGGGUUGAUGAAAUCCUCCGCGAGGGGGUUCAGGACGGCGAAAAGCUUGAUGAGCUUUCUGUUUUUGAACAGCGGCCCACGCUGGACACUUGGGCUACCAAGAAAACCCAAGGCAACCAGAUGCUGGACUACCAGGUGACCAACAAUACCCGCAGUCUUGAUGGGCUUCCUGGGCUGAAGGCAGCAAGGCGUGAGGCCGGACAGGUGUUAUGGGUGGGCGACCUGAAGGCUAGGCUGCGAAGGAUCGCUUCGGAAGGCGAGGCCGUCGCAGUAGGAUUUCUAUUAGCGGUUUUGUUGUAUUUUGUUUUCUCUGGAUUAGAUUUACGUGGGAUAUAUAUUGCUGUGUUGUAACGUUAUGGUAUGAGAUAGAUGGAGGGAUGGGUUGUUUGUAUUUGCGUUUUCUCUCUAUCUUCUCUUCAUUAUCUUCUUCUUUUUCUUCUUUUUCUUCUUCUUCUUCUUCUCCUUUUCUUCACCUCCCCCUCCCCCUUUUUUCACCUUUAUUACCACAUUCCCCUUCUUUCUUUGGGUAUUUUUGAUGACGUUUUGCCGAUUUCUUUCUUUCCAUGGUCAUGUUAUGUUAGGUCAAGUUACGAUGUCCUUUUACCUUCAAAAAUUCUUCUUAGGUAGUCAUAGAUUUAUAAAAAAAUGGUCCCUUGCGGGUAACGAUGAUAUUAAAUGCAACAGAUUGUUGUUUUUUUUG